AUGGAUUUGGAAGUUUGGUCGGUGGUGCUGUUACUGGUGUUGCAAUGGCUCGUGGUGCGAAUAAUCUUGGUGGUUCCUAUUUUCGGAUUGCAGCAUGAUAGGUUGCUGGAGACUGCGAGCGCGAGAAGCGUUGCGGGAUCACGAAAAUUGAAGCUGUUUGUCUUCCUGGGCUCUGGAGGCCACACAGGUGAAAUGCUGCGUUUGCUCGAAAAUUAUCAGGAAACGCUACUGCGACCAGGGCAGACCACACUGACCGUGGGCGUUUCUGACGAGGCCAGUCUGGCACGGUUUCGUCAUACUCUGGGCGCAUAUCUGGACUCGCAGCAAAUUGAAGUGCAAGUAUGCAGAUUUGGCAAGGCACGCGAGGUGGGUGCCUCGAAGCUUCAGUCGGCGAAAAGCGUGGUGCAGACCCUUGCUGGGGCAAUGUGGACCCUGACGUGGCUCAAAUGGCAAUUUGUGGGUCAGCCACAUUUGGUGCUGCUAAACGGGCCCGGUACAUGCUGCAUCAUCGCUGGAUGGUUAAAACUGCUGGAAAUCGUGACAACGACGCGGUCCAAAAUCGUGUAUGUCGAGAGUUUGGCUCGCACCAGCACACUGAGUCUCAGUGGGAAACUCCUGUAUCCGCUGGUGGAUGAAUUUGUCGUGCAGUGGAGCGAGUUGUGCGACAAGUACGGUCGUGCACGCUGUUUUGAGAUCCUAGUAUGA